AUCUUAAAGCACUGCAGCGGUCGUGGUUUGAAUUCAAGCGAGCUAACAUGAAGAGGACAGGAGAGGAGAUACUGCAGUGGAUAAACAGCAACAUGACAACCAGACAUCGGGCUGUAUAUCAGACUUAUUUUUGAAGGGAAAGAUACGGGACUUCUACGAGUCUUCUUCAGCCCUUCGGCGUGAACGUUACUGCUUCACUUCAUCAUCACACAGUACCACUCCGCCACAAGGUCAGUGUCGGUGCGAAGAAGCUUUGUUGGCUACUGCGGUGGCAAGGGCAGGAGCACACAGCUCAGGAAGAUGGCAUCACCCUUUGUGCCCGUCCCUGUGCCUUUGGACAGAGCCUGGUCAGGGGGUAGCAGCAACCUCAGCCGGCCACAGCGAGCUUCAUCACUGGGCAGCGUCUCCAGCAGCUCAUCCUCUUCCUGUAUCGCUAGGGCGGCCGGGGAAGACCAGGCAUUAGGCUCCCAACGACAAUCCCGCUGCAUGGACAGAGGCAACCGGAGCAGGACACCACCACUCCACCAGAGCACUGUGACACGGGCCAGGGUGAACGGGACUCUAGAGCCCUCCAUAGAGUACUCCAGCUGUCCUCGCUCCAUAUCGGGUCCUGCUGGCAGCCAGCAAGAUGAGGAGAGGCCUAUUACCCCCACUUUGCUAGGGUAUGAGGUCAUGGAAGAGAGGGCCAAGUUCACGGUAUUCAAGGUCCUGGUGAGGAAGACUCCAGAUGAGAGCUGGGUUGUUUUUAGAAGGUACACAGACUUCUCCAGACUCAACGACAAGCUGAAGGAGAUGUUCCCAGGCUUCCGCCUCUCACUACCUCCCAAGCGGUGGUUCAAAGACAACUAUGACAGCGACUUCCUGGAAGACAGACAGUUGGGAUUACAGGCCUUUUUGCAAAACCUGGUUGCACACAAGGACAUUUCCAACUGGUACGUGACAGUUUUUAAUUUUUAAAAGGAGUUAUUUAGCCUUUUGUGUGAACUGUGUGCUUUGUAAAGUAGUCACCUGAUCAUUGAUAAUUCCUGCUGUAAAUUAUGAAGCAUUCAAAGUUAGAUGUCACAACUAUCACCAAAAAUUUUGCAUAAAGCAGUGACCUCAGAGCUAAUGGUCAACGAUACGGGUUUUUCAAUGGCCGAUAGCAGAUAUAUAGUGCUGAUAUGAAAACAAAGAAAAGUCAUGUUUAAUUCAAUUAUUAUUAAUGAAAUAGAAAAAUACAUUGUGUUCUGAUGUAGAUUUCACAACGUGACUGGUGUUUAAGGGACAGCGGGGUAGUUUGUCACUCCACUGCAUUAUUUUCUACUGGAUAACAAUAUAUAUUUAAUGCUAGCCAGUAAUGGUUUUAGAUUAGGUCUGCUGUCAUUUAGGAAGGGAGAAACAAGGUAACAUUUAGAAUAGACGAUGGUGACUGAAGACAUUUAGGGCUUGAAACUAACUUUUUCA